GCACGUGCAGACACCUCAGGCAUGACGAAGGUGGGAGUAGUGGAGUGGCCUCGCCGCGGCAGGUGUGGAGGAGGCCUCGGUGGAGGGCAGCGAGUGAGGAGAGUGGUGGUAUCGCGGCCUACCUGGGAAAGAUAAGGUGGAGCAGCGUACGGCGGCUCAGUGACGCUUUGUGUGUGCCGUGACCGGGGAUCGUCCCUUGCUCUGCUCCCCACCUUGCUCCCCACCCUUCAACGCCCACGCACGCCCCGCACGCCCACGCCCUCCUGCACCCCGCGCCCGCACACCUGGCACACCUGACGACCCCUCUCGAAUUGUUAAGCGAACGACUGAAGUGGACCCCCACACAAUUUUCCUGAGAGACAGUUCAUAAACACCCACCGGCAAGAUGACGGCAUUGUCACUCAAAAUUCACAUUGUGGAACAAAAUGUCCGCAAGAUGAUGCAGUUCGACCCUGCCACAGUUGUGUACGAUGCCUGUCGCAUCAUUCGGGAGAAGAUUACAGAGGCCAACUUAGGACAGGCCAAGGACUAUGGGCUCUUCCUACCCGGAGAAGAGGGUUCAGGUGUGUGGCUGGAGCCUGGCCGCAACCUCAGUUACUACAUCCUACGAGACCAGGAUGUGGUGGAAUACCGCCGGAAGGUUCGUACACUAAAGGUCAGGAUGCUGGAUGAGUCCGUCAAAACUCUGUUGGUGGAUGACUCCCAACCUGUCUCCCAGCUCAUGGUUGUCAUCUGCACAAAAAUUGGAAUUAUGAACCAUGAUGAAUAUUCACUUGUAUAUGAAAUUGAGACAGAAGAAGUUGAUAACAAGUCCAACUUUGGAACCCUCACCCUAAAGAAGAAAAAAGAAGGUGACAAGGAAAGAGAUGCCAAGAUGGAGCAGUUGAAAAAGAAACUCCACACAGAUGAUGAAAUCAAUUGGGUAGACCACAGCAAAACACUAAGAGAGCAAGGUAUUGAUGAACAUGAAAUCUUGCUCCUGCGCAGAAAAUAUUUCUUCUCAGACCAAAACAUCGAUUCAACAGACCCUGUACAGCUGGGUCUUUUGUAUGUACAGUGUCGUGAUGCUAUUCUUGAUGGAACCCAUCCAGUCACAUAUGAGCGAGCUUGCAGAUUUGCUGGUAUUCAGUGCCAGAUUCAGUUUGGUGACCAUGUGGAUGCCAAACACAAGGCAGGAUUCUUGGACUUGAAGGAAUUUCUUCCUCAUGGUUAUAUUAAGAACAAAGGCAUUGAAAAGAAAAUCUUUCAAGAACACAAGAAACAUCGUGGUGUAGCAGAGCUGGAUGCCAAGUAUAUUUAUGUUGGCGAAGCAAGAUCCCUCAAGACAUAUGGAGUGACCUUCUAUUUGGUAAAAGAGAAGAUGAAGGGGAAGAACAAACUAGUGCCUCGUCUCUUGGGUGUGACGAAAGAUUCUGUUCUGCGGCUGGAUGAGAAAACCAAAGAAAUUUUAAAGACUUGGCCCCUGACAACUGUUAGGCGUUGGGCAGCAUCACCAAAUACCUUCACUUUGGACUUUGGUGACUACUCUGAUCAGUACUACUCAGUACAGACCACAGAGGGUGAACAGAUAGCUCAGUUGAUUGCUGGAUAUAUUGACAUCAUUCUCAAGAAGCAGAAGGUCAAGGAUCACGUGGGCAUUGAGGGGGAUGAUGGCUCAACACUCGUAGAGGAUAUUGUCUCUCCUUAUAAGGCCAGCAUCCUGCAGCAUGGAGGCAGUGGCCCAGAGGCAAUGCAUGUUGAGAAGGACAGCAUUUCCAUGCCUGCUGUGAUGAGGCCUGGGGUUAAUGGUGAGCAGAACUUCAGCCGAGGCUCCAUGCCCGGGGUGCACUCAGUGGCCGUCGUGGGCCAGAUCAACCUUGCCCACCAGCCACCCUCGGCCAAGCAUCCUCAAGUGACAGAUGUAAUGAGCAAGCCACAGAAAGCUCUUGUCUCCACCAUUGAGACUGGACAAGUCAUCAUUGAAGAAUGCACAGAGAUCUUGGAGACCAAAGCUGAACUUCCAGAGUUGGGCACCGACCCUGCAUCUAUUAAGUGGAAACAAGUUACCCUGGAUUCCAAUAAGCAGACGGUUACUAGCCAGAUUGCAGCAAUGAAUGCUGCCACAGCUGAAGUUGUCACCUUGACUUCAUCUGUACAUGAAGAAGUUGAUCACACUGCUGUUGGUGCUGCCAUCCACACCAUUACUUCCAACUUGCCUGAGAUGACCAAGGGUGUGCGGAUGAUUGCUGCUCUGCUCGAGACAGACAACGAGUCAAAUAACCUCCUCGGUGCUGCCAAGGUGCUUUGUGAAGCAUUUUCAGAUUUGCUGGUUGCUGCCAAGCCUGAAAGAAAAGAGACUCGACAGGGAUUGCUGACGGCUGCUUCUCAUGUUGGAGAGGCAUCAAGUGCUGUCCUCCAAACUGCUGACAUACAACUUGAUCAUGAAACACAAGAUAUUCUCCUUGGACUAGCUAAAGCUGUUGCAAAUACUACAGCAGCCCUGAUUCUCAGAGCUAAGGCAGUAGCUUCACGUUGUGAAGAUCAAGAACUUCAGAAUAUUGUCAUUAAUUCAGCCACUGCUGUUGCUCUUGCGACUUCUCAAUUAGUUGCAUGUGCUAAAGUAGUAGCCCCAACUAUUGACAGUCCAGCAUGUCAGAGCCAACUUAUUGAAGCUGCAAAAGAAGUUGGUCGGGCUGUGGAAUGUAUGGUGCAGGUUUGUCAGAGAGCCACUCAAAAUGAUGAUUUACUUCACGACAUAUCUCAAGCAGCUAAUGAAGUUACCAAGGCCUUAAAUGAUCUUUUGAAUCACAUUAAGACAGCAGGAGAACAAAAAGGACGUGUCAGCGUACAUGAUGAGGCUGUAGAAACAAUCCUUGUCUCCAGUGAAAAAUUGUUUGCCUCUCAGGGGAAUGCCCCAGAAAUGGUGAGACAGGCAAAGAUCCUUGCUCAGGCCACAUCCCACCUUAUCCAGUCCAUUAAAUCUGAAGCUGAGUGCCAAGGAGACACUGAUCUCCAGAACAGACUCUUAGCUGCAGCAAAGCAACUUGCUGAUACAACUGCCAAAUUAGUUGAAGCUGCCAAGCAAUGUGCCUCACAUCCUAAUGAUGAAAAUAGACAGUUUAUUCUCAGGGAAGUUGCUGAGAGUGUAAGAACUGCAACAAACUUAGCUGCCAGUAAUGCACUGAAGAAGAAAAUAAUAAAACGUCUUGAAAAUGCCGCGAAGCAUGCAGCUGCCACAGGUACUCAGUGCAUGGCUGCUGCACAAGGAGCUGGUCCACAUAACAGCAAUCCAGCAACACAGGAUGAAGUGAUGGCUGAUUGCAAGCAGGUUGCUGAUGUUAUUCCUAGACUUGUAGAGGGUGUGAAAGGUGCCAUCAGCAACCCAGAUUCUCCCAGGGCUCAAUUGGGUCUGAUUAACUCAAGUAAUCAAUUUCUUCACCCUGGCACAAAGAUGCUUGCUUCUGUUAAAUCUGCUCUCCCAACUAUUACAGAUCAAGCCUCAUCACUUCAGUUGAGUAACUCUUCAAAACAGUUUGGUCAGGCCUUGGCAGACCUACGCUCAACUAUUGGAAAAGCCCAGGAAGCUUGUGGCUCACUGGAAAUUGACUCGGCACUUGAUGCUAUUCAUAGUCUCAGUGAUGAUCUCGAUGACUUAAGGAAGGCUGCAGAAAUGGGUACCCUGCGUCCACUGCCUGGGGAAACUCCAGAGAAUGCUGCCCAGCAGCUUACAAAUUCAAGCAAAACAGUAGGGUCAACCAUGGCUCAAUUACUUACAUCAUCAACUCAAGGAAAUCAGCACUUCACCGGCCUUGCAUCUCGGGACACUGCCUUGGCACUCAAGGAAUUCUCCUCUGCUGUCCGUGGUGUAGUUGCCACAUCCAGAGACCCUCUGCUCAGAGAUCGUCUGUUGAUAGCUGCUCGAGAAGUCAUGAUCAGAAGUUCAGAACUCAUUGAAGAAGCCCGCAUUGUUGUCCAGGGUCCACAGAAUGUUGCCUCUCAGCAGAAGUUGGCACAAGUUGCUAAAGGUGUAUCUCAGGCUCUCAACCAAACAGUCAAUUGCUUACCUGGCCAGAAGGAUGUUGAUGAUGCCAUUUUGAACAUAACAGAAUCAACAAAUGACUUGGAUGCUGGCAGGUUCCCUCAUAGUUCAAAACCAUAUGGAGAACUCCAGACUGAACUGAGUAAUGCUGCAGCAGAACUCAACAGUGUCACCUCAGAAGUUGUAACAUCAGCUCGCAUGUCAACGCAACACCUGGCAACUUCUUCUAAAAAGUUCUCUGGUGCCUUUGGAAAUCUAAUGGGUGUUGGCAUGGAAAUGGCUGGUACUGCUCAGGAACGAGAAGUUCAGGGACAGAUAGUUGUCAGUUUAAAGAGUGUCUCAAUGUCCUCUUCAAAACUGCUAGUCUCUGCAAAAGCUGUAUCUGCAGAUCCUAAUGCUCCCAAUGCCAAAAAUCAACUUGCAACUGCUGCACGUGCAGUAACAGAUUCCAUCAACAACUUAAUCAAUAUUUGCACAUCAGCCGCCCCUGGUCAGAAAGAAUGUGACAGUGCAGUACGUGCAAUCCAGUCAGUGAAGCCCUGGCUCGAUAAUCCAUCUGAAGCAGUCACAGACUUGACAUACUAUGAGUGUCUUGACACAGUUAUGGAUCGAUCAAGGAGUUUGGGUGAUGGAAUGACUGGUAUUGCCAAUCAUGCCAAAAAGCUUGAACAUGACAAGUUUGGAUAUGCAGUCAAAGAUGUGAGUGAGGCUAUCUGUGGAUUAAUUGAGAGUGCAUCUCAGGCUGCUUACCUUGUAGGUAUAUCUGACCCAACAAGUGUGGCAGGGCGCCCAGGGCUGGUGGACCAGUCCCAGUUUGCCCGGGCCUAUGAAGCAAUUGUUACUGCCUGCCAAACAUUAACAAACCCCAACAGUAACCAACAACAAGUUCUCAAUGCAGCAACUAUCAUUGCCAAACAUACCAGUGCUCUGUGCAACAGCUGCAGAGUUGCAUCAGCAAAGACAAACAAUGUUGUGGCAAAGCGACAUUUUGUUCAGUCUGCCAAAGAUGUUGCUAAUGCCACAGCUCAUCUUGUAAAAGAAAUCAAAACCCUGGAUCAAGACUACAGUGAUACUAAUCGGGCUCGUUGCAGUACUGCCACAAAGCCACUCCUGGAAGCUGUGGAAAACCUCUGCACUUUUGCAAACUCCCCAGAAUUUGCUUCUGUUCCUGCCAAGAUUUCCGCCAAAGCUAGAGAGUCACAAGAACCAAUCACUUUUGCAGGGAAAGCCAUUAUAAAUGGUUCUUGCUCCCUAAUUGAAUCAGCAAAGAGCCUGGCUGUCAACCCCAGAGACCCUCCCACUUGGCAGGCUAUGGCUAACCAUAGCAAGAGUGUCUCAGACAGUAUCAAGAGCUUAGUUGCAUCUAUUAGAGACAAAGCACCAGGACAGAAGGAAUGUGAUGAAACCAUUGACAAGCUGAACAUGAACAUCAGGGAUUUGGACCAAGCUUCACUGUCUGCUCUGGACCAAAAUCUCCAACAACAAACUGAUAACACCUUACAGGGAUACAAUGAACAAGUUGAAAAUGCUGGAAUUGCUCUCCAGAACAAUAUUGAUAAAGUGCGAACUGCAGCUAAAAGUGAAGCAGAAAAUCUUGGCCAUUCAAUCACUCAGAUGUCAAGCUACUUUGAUCCCAUGGUGAAUGCUGCCAUUGGCUCAGCAUCAAACAUGCUUAACAGUAAGCAACAGAUGUGCAUUUUGGAUCAAACAAAAACUGUGGCUGAGUGUGCACUCCAGCUGGUCUAUGCUGCCAAAGAAGCAGGUGGCAACCCCAAGGCAACCCAUGUUCAUCCUGAUGUUGACGAUGCUGCAGACACAAUGAAGGAAACCUUACAAGAACUGCUAUCAACUGUGGAGACCAUUGCUACCGAGGCUGGAGUAGUUUCUGGUCUUGUUGAUUCAAUUACCACAUCCAUGCACCAAAUUGAUGACAUCUAUGGAGCCCAAAUGGAGGAGGGUGACACCUUCGUGGACUACCAAACACGCAUGGUGACUGCUGCUAAGGAAAUUGCUAGACUGGCACAGGAAAUGGUUGCCAAAUCCGUGACGGACGCCUCCCAGCUGGGCAGCCUGGGAGCCAAUCUUUCCCACCAGUUCAGUGCACUGGCCUCAGACUCUGCUGGAGCCAUUCGGCAGUCAACUAACGUAGAAGUGGCAAACAGACUACGUUCAAGCGUCCAUGAACUUGGUCAAGUUUGUAUUGACAUAGUGAAGGCAGGAGGGGCCUGCCAGGCUGCUCCACGGGAUACUUUCUGCCAGCGAGACUUGUCCGAGUCUGCUCGUCAUGUAAAAGAAAAGGCCUCACAUGUUCUUGCUGCCCUCCAAGCAGGCUCAAGAGGCACACAAGCUUGCAUCAAUGCUGCAUCCACAGUUUCUGGCAUCAUUGGUGACCUUGAUACCACCAUUAUGUUUGCUACUGCAGGGACACUCAACUCUGAAAAAGAGGGAGAAAACUUCUCUGACCAUCGUGAAUAUAUUCUUAAAACUGCCAAGGCUCUUGUUGAAGAUACAAAGACUCUAGUAGCUGGUGCAGCAUCAUCACAGGAACAAUUGGCAGUUGCUGCUCAGAAUGCUGUAACAACCAUUGUUCAGUUAUCAGACAUAGUGAAGAGUGGAGCAUCUUCACUGGGAGCCAACAACCCUGAACCACAGGUCAUGUUACUGAAUGCUGUCAAAGAUGUUGCCAUGGCACUGGGAGACUUGAUCCAUGCCACAAAGGCAGCUUCCGGCAAGUCUCUCAAUGACCCAGCCAUGACCACUCUCAAGGAAUCAGCAAAGGUGAUGGUGACCAAUGUGACAUCCCUCCUGAAGACUGUGAAAGCUGUGGAGGAUGAACACACUCGAGGAACAAGAGCCCUGGAAGCCACCAUUGAGGCCAUUGCUCAGGAAAUAAGGGCAUUUGAUUCUGAUGAAUCUCCCAAAACUAAAGCCACACCAGAAGAUUUGGUCCGAUGCACUAAACCCAUCACACUGGCAACUGCCAAGGCUGUGGGUGCUGGCAACAGUCUCAAGCAGGAAGACGUUAUUGUUGCUGCUAAUAUGGGCCGCAAAGCCAUCUCUGACAUGCUCACCACCUGCAAGGCUGCAGCAUGGUGUGCUGAAACAACAGAACUUCGUUCCAAGGUCAUGACUGCAGGACAUGAUUUGGCAGUACAACACAGAGAACUUCUUCAGAUGGUGAUGCAACUCUUGGUCAAAUCAACUCCUGAGGCUCGCAAUGCGUUGAGCAUAGUCUCUCGCAAGAUUGCACAGUGUGUCACAGAACUAGUAGCCACAACCGAACCACUGAAGGCCCACUUCAAAUGGCACGAGGCUGGUGUGAGUCCUCCCAGUGGACAUGACUGGGAAGACCCAGAUGACCCAACUGUGAUAGCUGAGAAUGAGCUGAUGGGAGCAGCCAAUUCAAUUGAUGCCGCCGCCCGAAAGCUGAUGGCUCUCCGACCACGUCGUGUUGAGACAAAGGAGGUUGAUGAAUCAAUGAACUUCGAGGAAAUCAUCUUGGAAGCUUGCAAAUCUAUCGCUGCUGCUACUGGAGCUUUGGUGAAGGCAGCAUCUUCUGCACAAAGGGAGCUGGUUGACUCUGGCCGCGUGAGACGACGGCCUACUGCAGCGUCAGAAGAUGGCCAGUGGUCUGAAGGUCUCAUUUCUGCUGCUCGCCUGGUGGCAGCAGCAACACAUUCACUUUGUGAAGCAGCCAAUGCAUUAGUGCAAGGACAAGCAAGUGAAGAAAAAUUAAUCUCAGCUGCAAAACAGGUUGCAGGAUCAACUGCACAACUGCUUGUUGCAUGCAAAGUAAAAGCAGAUCCUGAUUCAAGUGCAACCAAGCGCCUUCAGUCAGCUGGCAAUGCUGUUAAGCGUGCCACUGACAACUUGGUGCGGGCUGCUCAACAGGCCAUAGAUCAAGAUGAUGAGGUCACUGUGGUUGUACCAAGCCGUAAAGUUCCUAAUCUCUCACAAAUCAUUGAUGCCCGAGAAAGAUACUACAAGCUGCAGAGAGAAGCUGAGCUGGCUCGAGAAACUUUGAAGAUUCUUCAGAUCAGCCAAUACAGAGAUGGCAAUGAAUCAGGACUUUCUGAUACAGAGCUGUCUGGCUAUGAUUCUUCAUCAAAGUAUGACUCAUCAUACGAAACAUCAGGAGGAGUGAUCACUGCAACACGCAACAUCAAGGUGAAUUACAGAACGGAGCCAUCUGCAAUGCAGUCUCGCACAUUUACUACUAGCCCUUUGCAGAGCCACAUUACUAGUACAACAAGGUCCUAUCACUCUAAUGGUGAAUCUCAAAAUAAUGCUUCAGGCACACAAUUAAGAAGUAAUGACACAGCUGAAGGAUUUGAUGAUGGGCCCACUUUCAAGGAGGCCCUAAAAGCAUUCCAAGCAAGUGGUAACUCAUCUGGUGUAUCAUCAACCAAUACUUCCAUCAAUAAGGUGAACAGGUCUUUUAACGAAUCAAAACAAAUAUUAACAAGCACAACACAACAGUUUGAACGCACAAUGCACACUACAAGCUCUAACAAGAGCUACCAUGUUGAACAAAGUUGAAAAGUGAGUGGCUGAAACUUCAUAUAUUUUAGAAUACAUAUUAGUUCACUUUUUAUUCAAAUGAAUGUAUUUUGAGAAUGCAACCUAUUCAUACAAUAUAUAUACAUAUAUAUAAAUAUAUAAUAUAUAGUGCAGUAACCAAGUUAACUGUAAAAGCUUUCUUGCUUUCAUCUAAGUGCUUUAUGUUAAAACUAAGUUAGCAAAGUUACUGAGCAAUAGGAUUCAAGGUGCCUUGCAAGAGUGUCCUUCCAUGUCUGUCAGAAAGAGGAGAUUUUCUUAAAAAAUGUAGGAAUCUUGCCAAAGCAGGUUGGACACAGGAAUGAUGGUUUGAAGUCAUUAAAUUAAUAUUAACAUACUAUUACUAUUCAAUAUAUAGUGUUAUUUUAACUCAUCUUGUAAAACACAAAAAUUGGACUGUUCUACUAUCUCACAAAAGCUUAUGAAGAUGCCUUUAAAUAUAUUUAGAAAUAGAGUACUUUGUUUAAAACUGCAUUUGUUACCCACUUAACAACUGGUGCUGAUUUAUUUCAUACUAUAGUCAUAUUAAACAUAUCAUAUGUACAGUUGUAUUCUAUGCCAUUGUAAUGUAGCCUAGUACAAAAAUUAGGGUGAAAUAAGAAAAGAGGGGACUCUAGUUAGAAUACUGACUGCUAAAGCGAAGUCUGGUAGAUACCAAAGGAUUAUCAUUGCUAUGUAAGCAUUAUUAGCCCUAGAUUAAAACAUAAUUCAGAUACACCCCUCUUUCUUAAAUCACCCUUGAUGUUGUUUUGCGAGCCCACUCCAGUAAAUCCGUCGCAAAUUACUUAGUGCCUAGGGUCAUGAAGCCCUUGUGUCUUAUCUAAUAUAUAACAUAUUAAAGUGUGUUCAAAAUU